AUGACACACGUCAAGGCCGGUCAGCGUCGUCGGGCCAAGGCCCCCAAGGUCCGGACCGGCUGCCGAACAUGCAACCCGCCGUGUAAAGUGCGACGAAGCUCAGCCCUCGUCCCCCUCCCCUCCCCUCCCCUCCCUGGAUGCCUUCACCAUGCAUGUAGCAUGCCCAAUCGCAAGUCUUGUCUGCCUAACCGCCGUCAACGUACAGGUGUAACUACCGGUCGCAAGUGUGAUGGCUACGAGCCCCAGCCCGAAACAAAGCCCAUCCGAUUCGUGACUUUGAUGAACGUCACGUAUCCUCCAAGCGAGCUACGCUCUUUUCAAUAUUUUCAAGAAAAUACUCUCUCCCAGCUCUUCACAUUCAUCCAAGAAGAUAUGUGGACGUCCCACAUCAUUCAAACGGCAAACAUGCACCAGGGCAUAUGGCAUUCUGUCGUUGCAUUUUCGUCAUUUCAUGAAAACUUUUUAAGACAUGGCGAUGCCGGCCAAGAAAACCAUGACCGCUUCGCGCUCAAGCAGUACAACAUGUCCAUACAGAGCAUACUGGGGUCGGAAAGGAACUCGAGCAACGCACACGUACACUUGAUCUCGUGCAUCCUUUUCAUCUGCAUCGAGGUUCUUCGCGGCAGAAUAUUGACAGUACUGCAGCUCCUCAUUACGGGAUACGCAAUAUUGAAAGAAGAACGGGCACGUUCUUAUAGUCCUUAUACUGAAUCUAAUGGACCAUCGAGCCGUGAUCGGGACGCGCUCUUUGCGGCUGCUGAUAUUUUCCUCAGUCGCAUCGCGACACAAGCAUACUUGCUAGUCAAAGGGAUAGAUCCAAGCCUCGCCACUAUGGUAGCAGAGAUUCUAGAUUUCGAGCGACUUGCCUGGAAAGAGAGACCAACGUUCCACAACCUCAACCAGGUCCAACAUGCACUCAGCACCCUCCGGCUCGAGCUGGAGACGUAUAAUCAAAGCGGAGUGGGCAUGGUGCCUGUCAAGCUCCGAUGGUGGCAAUCCGCCUUUGACAAGUUCAAGAAGACGUACGCCGAGCAGCUGCUGGCGACCCGCGAGGGCAGGCGAGGCCUGGCGCUGAUGGAGCUCCAGGGGCUCUUCGUGAGCGUCGAAACGGCCGUCUUUGACGGACCUCCUGGUGCGGACGAAGACCCGCUCCGUUGGGACGAGCACACGGAUGCCUUCCGGGAGAUGCUUCGCUACGCCGAAUUGGCGACCGAGCAGGAAGAGGAGGACAGCAGCAGUAGCAGCGGCAGCAGCAGCAGCGGUAGUGCGCCACCUCCAGAGAGGCGGCGGCCACCACAGUUCAACAUGCACAUUGGAGUGGUCCCGGUCCUCUACGGCAUCAUACACAAGUGUCGGGACCCGGCGAUUCGGCGGCGCGCCGUCGCACUCAUGUCCGCCGAAGGCGGCUCACAGCGGCGACUCGAGGGCGUCUGGGACAGCAGGGUGGUGCUGGCUGUCGCGCUGCGUGCCAUGGCCGUCGAGGAGCGCGGGCGCCCGGGGGGGCCGUCGUCGGCGGCGGAGAUUCCGGCGUCGGCGCGGGUACGCCGCAUCGCGGUGCUUCCAGCCGCUACCACUUCCACGGCAACGCGCCAGGGCGACGAGUGCGAGUGCGGUACCGGUCCGCCCAAGUCAUACGUGGUCGGCUACGAGAUUGAUAGCAAGUGGGCGUGGGAACACGCUGGGGGUUUUAGCGAAGGGACGCCAGACUCAGCGGAGCGGAUAACCGAGUUGGGAUAA